UCCAAGCGAAAGCAGAGUGCAUGCAGCAGCGACGUGAACACAAGCAACACAAAUCCACACCAUCGGAACCUAAUUGGCGACUUCUUCAACAGCGUGACCGCACGCCGCUCUUCCUCUUCGUCCUCCUUCUCCUCUUUCUUCUCCUUUUUCUUGGUGUCUUCUUGUCCUGCUCGGUCAACUUUGCACUGGCGGGAAGUUCUCACACGUUUGACAGGGGGGGUGCCAAUUAUCGGACCUUGCCGUGCGAAAGCUCCUCGGCCGCCGCUGACCCUGUUAGCCACCUUUAAUGUCAACUCCCCGGCGCCCGAGUGGAAGGAAUUACCUCGCUUUUAGUCUCCAAUCGGGAAAAAAUGAGGAGGCGCACAGCAGAAUGCCGAGCUUGACUGCACCGUGGUGAAACGAGCUCGGGACUGUGUGGAUAAAAACCCUGAGGGGUUUUGACAUUUUAGCUUUUUUUCCCCCAUUAUUUUAUAUUUUAUUUAUUUUUUUGCUCCUCUUCUGGCCUGAGUGCGUUUUGGAGCAGCGCGGGGAGGAAAACGGUGGGGGUGGCGCAGAUGAUGGUGUGGUGCCGCUCAGCCGUGUGCAGAGCCCUGGCUCUCCUGGCACUCCUGGGCCUCCUGCUUCCCAUCCGACAGGGGGGUUGCUCGGGGCCCGACGGGGGCGGCGGCUCUGGGGACCGGGAUGACUCUCCGCGCUCAGGUGCGACCCCCCAGGGGGCCCUGAACAGGCACAGGCGCAGCUGGGUAUGGAACCAGUUCUUCGUGCUAGAGGAGUUCACGGGAAACGAGCCACUCUACGUCGGAAAGCUCCACUCGGAUGUAGACAAGGGCGACGGCAAGGUGAAGUAUGUGCUAUCGGGCGAGGGCGCCACUUCAAUCUUCACCAUUGAUGAGAACACUGGAGACAUCCACGCUACCAAGCGUCUGGAUCGCGAAGCUCAGGCCUACUACACACUUCAAGCCCAAGCCGUGGACCGACUCAGCAACCUGCCGGUCGAGCCCCGCUCUGAGUUUGUGGUCAAAGUUCAGGACAUCAACGAUAACGAACCCAAGUUCCUCGACGGUCCUUACUUUGCCGGAGUGCCAGAGAUGUCACCGCUUGGAACGAUGGUGGUGCAAGUGGCGGCCACGGACGCUGACGACCCCACGUACGGGAACAGCGCCAGGGUGGUGUACAGCAUCGUGCACGGGCAGCCAUACUUCUCAGUGGAGCCCAAGACAGGUGUCAUCAGGACGGCUUUACCUAACAUGGACCGCGAGACCAGAGACCAGUACGUGCUGGUCAUCCAGGCAAAGGAUAUGGUGGGUCAGAUGGGUGGACUAUCGGGAACAACGUCCGUCACCGUCACGUUAACUGACGUCAAUGACAACCCGCCUCGCUUCCCUCACAAGGUCAACCAGUACACAGUCUUGGAAUCACUUCCCGUGCAGUCCGUGGUAGCCCGAAUAAAGGCGACUGACGCCGACAUUGGACCCAACGCCGAGAUGGACUACCAGUUAAUGGACGGGGACGGUCCUGGUGUAUUCAACAUCACAACAGAUGAGAACACACAGGAGGGAGUUGUUCUUCUUCUUAAGCCUCUGGACUUUGAAACCAAGAGCAGCUUUUCUCUACGUGUGGAGGCCACUAACAGGAACAUCGACACCAACUUCCUGAACUUGGGCCCGUUCAGCGACACCACCUCGCUAAAGGUGACGGUGGAGGACGUGGACGAAGUGCCCGUCUUCGCCACGCCGCUCAGCAAGAUGUCCGUCUCCGAGGACGCCCGGGUGGGCACGUCUAUCGGGAGGGUGUCAGCGCACGAUCCGGACACCUCCAACAACGGCAUCAGGUACUCCAUCGACCGUAACACGGACAUGGAACGCUUCUUCAAUGUGGAUGCCCUAAGCGGGGUCGUCAGUACUGCCAAACCUUUAGACCGCGAGGCUAAUUCGGUGCACAACCUUACCAUCUUGGGAAUCGAGAGCCAGGACCCCAACCAAAUCGGCAAAGGCCUAGCCAUCAUCACCGUGCUUGACGUCAACGACAAUGCGCCCGUCUUCGCCAUUGACUAUGAGACCCUCUUGUGUGAAAACGCCAUGCCGGGAACGGUGAUCCAGACAGUCAGCGCCAUAGACAAGGACGAGCCUCAGAAUGGCCACCGCUUCUUCUUCUCGCUUGACACCGCCGUGGCAGGAAAUCUCAACUUCACAUUGCGGGACAACAAAGAUAACACUGCAUCCAUACUGACUAAACGAGGCGGCUUCCGUCGACGAGAACAGCCCGUGUACCGCCUCCCAGUACUGAUCCAGGACAGCGGCAGCCCGGCCCAGAGCAGCACCAACACGCUGUCUGUGCGCGUAUGCGAGUGUGAUGCCGACGCCGUGCCCCAGUCGUGCGGCGCCGUGGCCUACACGGCCACCGGCCUGAGCACCGGCGCCCUUUUGGCCAUUUUGGGAUGCAUCCUCACGCUGCUAGUGAUGGUCCUGCUCAUCGUUACCAUGCGUCGUCGGCGGAAGGUUCCGCUCAUCUUAGAGGAAGAGCGAGACAUCCGAGAGAAUAUCGUCCGCUACGACGACGAAGGCGGCGGCGAGGAGGACACGGAGGCUUUCGAUAUGGUCGCGCUGCGCAACCUCAACGUCAUCAGAGACCCCAGCGUUCGGCGUGACGUCACCCCAGAUACACCGACCUUUUUUCACUACACGUCAAGCGCGGCGGCGACCCGUCCGGCGUACAAGUCGCUCCCGGACAACGUGGUGUUCCGGGAGUUCAUCUGGGAGCGGCUCAAGGACGCUGAUGUGGACCCAUCGGCACCGCCCUACGAUUCGCUGCAGACGUACGCCUUCGAGGGCAGCGGCUCGGUGGCCGACUCACUCAGCUCGCUGGAGUCGCUCAGCACCGACUCGGACCAGAACUACGACUACCUUAGCAACUGGGGGCCGCGUUUCAAGAAGCUAGCCGAUCUGUACGGGAACGCGGACGGCGCCGGAGGCGUCAGCGGAGGUGGGGCUGUCUUCUCGUAGCCUUUGAGGACUCUGACAGACGAGAGAUUAUUCGUGAGACGAUUUAGGGAGAGAUUGAAAGACGAGACACGGGAAGCAAGGGAAAGACUCUUCAAAAAGCUUUGGGGUUUGUUUACCUCAUCGGAUGGAUGCGACUUCAAAUGUGGCGACUUUAAAGAUUUCUCUUUGGGCUUCAGUGCAGACUAUGACUGUAUAAUGGGAGCAGGAGAAACCUUUCCACAGGGUGUCAACUGGCGCUAACACUUCUACCUGCCAUCUAACAACACUGAGUUUGUGUUCUGGAAAAUGAUGGUUUAGUCCAGUCGACUUUUGACACGGAUGAUCGAGACUUUAACCAAAAAGUUGUAGAAAUUGGGUUUUUAGGUGACAGUUAAGAAUUCAGAAUGAAUUUGAGCUUCCCUAAACUUUUGGAAUCACUUAAAUUUUAAAAUCUCAAACUUUUGGGCAAAAUUAGUCGAGUCCUGUUGAUUUUUGUGGGUUAUUUUGACCUGAAUGAUCGAGACUUCGACCCAAAAAUUCUCGAAAUUGGGUUUUUAGUUGAAACUUUAGAAUUCAAAAUGAAUUGGAGCUUCACUAAACUUUUGCGAUCACAUGAAAAUGUAAAUUCUCAAACUUUGGGACAAAAUUGGUUGAGUCCUGUUGAUUUUUGUGGGUUAUUUUGACCUGAAUGAUCGAGACUUUGACCAAGAAAUUCUCGAAAUUGGGUUUUUAGGUGAAAGUUUAGAAUUCAGAAUGAAUUUGAGCUUCAUGAAACUUUUGCAAUCACAUGAAAAUGUAAAUUUUCAAACUUUGGGGCAAAAUUGGUCCAGUCCUGUAGAUUUUGUGGGUUAUUUUGACCUGAAUCAUCGAGACUUUGAACAAAAAAAUUGAAGAAAUUGGGUUUUUAGGUGAAAGUUAAGAAUUCAGAAUGAAUUUGAGCUUCACUAAACUUUUGGAAUCACAUAAAUUCUAAAAUCUCAAACUUUUGGGCAAAAUUGGUCGAGUCCUGUUGAUUUUUGUGGGUUAUUUUGACCUGAAUGAUCGAGACUUUGACCAAAAAAUUCUCGAAAUUGGGCCUUAAGGUGAAAGUUUAGAAUUCAGAAUGAAUUUGAGCUUCACUAAACUUUCGCGAUCACAUGAAAAUGUAAAUUCUCAAACUUUGGGGCAAAAUUGGUCGAGUCCUGUUGAUUUUGGUGGUUAUUUUGACCUGAAUGAUCGAGACGUUGACCGAAAAAUUCUCGAAAUUGGUUUUUAAGGUGGAAGUUUAGAAUUCAGAAUGAAUUUGAGCUUCACUAAACUUUUGUGAUCACAUGAAAAUGUAAAUUUUCAAACUUUGGGGCAAAACUGGUCAAGUCCAGUUGAUUUUUGUGGGUUAUUUUGACCUGAAUGAUCGAGACUUUGACCAAAAAAAAUCUCGGAAUUGGGUUUUUAGGUGAAAGUUUAGAAUUCAGAAUGAAUUUGAGCUUCACUAAACUUUUACGAUUACAUGAAAAUGUACAUUUUCAAACUUUGGGGCAAAAUUGGUCGAUUGCUGUUGAUUUUGGUGAGUUAUUUUGACCUGAAUGAUCAGGACUUUGACCAAAAAAUUCUCGAAAUUGGGUUUUAAGGUGAGAGUUUAGAAUUCAGGAUGAAUUUGAGCUUCACUAAACUUUUGCGAUCACACAAAAAUGUAAAUUCUCAAACUUUGGGGCAAAAUUGGUUGAGUCCUGUUGAUUUUUGUGGGUUAUUUUGACCUGAAUCAUCAAGACUUUGACCAAAAAAACUGUAGAAAUGGAGUUUUUAGGUGAAACCUGACAAAACUUUUACGACUAAAUUCGUCCAGUAGGCUUUUGCAGGUUAAUUGAUGAUCAAAACUAGACGCAAAACGUUCUGCAAAUUAAAAUUUGAGGUAAAUUUUUCAGAAUUCAGAAAGAAUUUGAGCUUCACUAUUGACAUCACCUGAAAGUGCAAUAUUCCGAAGUUUAUGAGUCUCAAUCAAGUAGCGAAUCGUGCUAAAGACACGAACCAUUCAGAACAAUGACUAUUUGAUGUCUCACACUUCGCGAUGUUGAAAUAUCGCGACUGUUAUUUUUUAGGGUUUUAAUCCAGACUCACUUCAGAUGUAAAAACAAUCCCAUUCGGGUUGUGUCGCCAUUCUUAAUACGCUUGAUUGUGACAUUGAUGCCACUUAGACGCUAGAAGUGUGACAGUCAUACGCCGCCGGGCGAUGUGGGAGUUUGAAGUCUUUGCUUCUGUAGUCCAGCAUAUACGUAUGCUCACUUUUAUUAAUGGAACACACACUGUAUGAUAAACUUGUUUUUUUCCCCUCACGUUCACGUACAACUGAUGGGUGUUGCUAUUUAUUUUCAGCAGGCAGGAUUGUGACUUUUUAUUGUCCUUUUUUCAUGAAAUAAAAUUGGCAUUCAGUUUAGCACGCGUGUUCAUUUCUGUGACUUUGAGAGAUUCUUGCUGCUAU